AUGCGAAAUAUAAACCGCAAAUACUACGCUGGCAUCACGAAAUGGCUAGAGGCUGCUGAGAUGCCGAACCGAGCAGACCGCUGUGAAGAUGUGAAGGGUGUGGCGGAUCGUCGUCCGGCAGAGCUUGCUCUGUCGGCGACCCCAUCCGGCCCCCCAACGGCAACAACGCGGCAGAUGGACAUGGACCACGAGUCGGACAGCUCUACGGACCGGCGCAGUCGUUAUGCGACCUCAGCCACGGCUGAGGCAGCGAGUGGUUCGGCGGACGGCUUGUCGGCGGGGCCUGCCCCGUCGGCGGCCGCUAACCGCCGGCCACCUACGACUGUCCGGCCCAGCAGGAACGGAGAUACGCAGAGGAGCCGACGGGCACUUUCGGCGGAUGGGGGCUUGCCCCUGCACGCCUACGCCCGCGUACUUGACGUUGGCGGCCCGUCGGCGUCGUCCUGCGCUACCAAGGAAAACAGCAGCGCGGCCACAGUGCGGGCCGUUCAGCAAACGAGGGCCGAAACGGAUGCUUUGGCAACUGUUCCGGAGCAAACCAAGUCACUGGCGCCAGUGGCUUCAAUGGAUGCAGCGCAUACGCCGGAGGCAGAAAGGCAGCUUGCCUUCCUGAUGGGACUCAUCCCAGGCACAAAACCGGCAGCUGAAACCAUGGAGGUGGAAAAUCACUCGCGCAAGCGGCCUGCCGACGCGAGUGCUGCCACCACCUGCAAGAGGUCUGCCACUAGCUCGAACAGCAGCGCACCCACGCUCCGCACACAGCGGAAAGCAUCGAGGAAGGGUAACAAGACCCUUCCCCCGGCCGCUGACGAUGAGGGCUUCACACAGCCCUCCCGCAAGCACACAGCCAGAGCUGUCGUGCUCCCCCAACAGUCGGCCAUCAACACCGGCAACCGGUACUCCGGCCUCUCAAAUGACGCUGGAGAGCCCAUGGAGAGCCAACAGCAGAGGAAGUCGCCCCCACCGCCCCCUGUGGUCAUCAAGUGGACCGGCGGCUUCAAAGAGUUCCGAGAGAAAAUCAAAGCGUUGAUAAAUGUAACAGAAGAUGACUUGGAGCGAUACCUGUCAGUGUUGGAUGAAACUGAUCUUCCACAGGAGAAAAAUAGGUCAAAUAGGGACCGUGAGAAUGGAAAUUCUUCAUCCCAUAAGUUUGGAAAUCGUGAUAACAAUAACAAUUCCAAUUUUGGAAGUAAUGGUAACGGAAAACCAGACCAAUAUACCGAACAAAACAGGAAGAAUGGAAAUGUACAAACGCCAUAUAUUAAAAAAAAGGAGAGGGGAAGAGAGAGGUCAACGCACAUACAACAACAACAAUAA